AGACAGAGAUAAAAGGGGUCAGAGCUCUAAAAUGAGUCUCUCUGGGGAGAGAGAGGAGGGGGGCCCUGCCUCUGAAAUGGGUCUCUCUGGGGAGAGAGAGGAGGGGGGCCCUGCCUCUGAAAUGGGUCUCUCUGGGGAACAUGACACCAAAGCUAAGAGCCCAAUCAAGCAGGAGAGACCAGCCUCCCCUGUACCCAGCUGUGUGUCCAUGAAGAGUGACGGGUCAAUUGAACUACCUAUAGAGUUUAGAGAGGGAGACUUUUCUACUAAACAAAGAAACCAACAGGAGAGAUCAGAGUCAGAGAUUCUCAGUGGCCAAUCUUCCCUGAGUCAUCAAACAGACCUGACCCCCAUAUUCAGUUUGCUUGAAGAAAAUAUUAUCACAUUUGUGAAGAACGAGCUGAAGAGGUACAAGAUGAUUCUGAGAUCAGAACUCCCACAAGGCUUUGAGAGUCAGAAGCAGGAAGUGGUGGAUGCUGAAGAUGAGAAGCAGGAAGUGGUGGAUGCUGAAGAUGAGAAGCAUGAGAGCAGUGCCAGAGAGGGGGCUCUGAAGAUCACACUGCACGUCCUGAGGAAAAUGAACCAGAAGGAGCUUGCUGACACACUGGAGAAAAAUGAACUUGCUGUGAUUUGCCAACGUGAACUUAAAUCUAAUCUAAAGAAGAAGUUUCAAUGUGUAUUUGAGGGGAUCGCUAAACAAGGAAACCCAACACUUCUCAAUAAGAUCUACACAGAGCUCUACAUCACAGAGGGUGGAACAGGAGAGGUCAAUAAUGAACAUGAGCUGAGACAGAUUGAGACAACAACCAGGAAACAAGCAAGACCAGAGACUGCAAUCAAAUGUAACGACAUCUUCAAACCCUUAACUGGACAAGACAAACUUAUCAGAACUGUGUUGACAAAGGGAGUCGCUGGCAUUGGAAAAACAGUCUCUGUGCAGAAGUUCAUUCUGGACUGGGCUGAAGGAAAAGCAACUCAGGAUGUUCAAUUUGUAUUUUCAUUCCCUUUUCGAGAGCUGAAUUUGAUGAAAGAGAAACACACUUUGAUUGAACUUCUCAAUCACUUCUCAAUGGAAACCAAAGAAUCAAGAAUCUCCAACUAUGACAAGUACAAUGUUCUGUUAAUCUUUGAUGGUCUGAAUGAGUGCCAACUGCCCCUAGACUUCCAGAACAACAAGAUCUGUUGUGACGUCACAGAGUCAACCUCAGUGGAUGUUCUGCUGACAAAUCUCAUCAAGGGAAAUCUGCUUCCCUCUGCUCUCCUCUGGAUAACUACCCGACCUGCAGCAGCCAAUCAGAUCCCCCCUGAGUGUGUUGACCAGGUGACAGAGGUACGAGGGUUCAAUGACCCACAGAAGGAGGAGUACUUCAGGAAGAGAUUCAGUGAUGAGGACCUGGCCAGCAGAAUCAUCUCACACAUAAAGACAUCAAGGAGCCUCCACAUCAUGUGCCACAUUCCAGUCUUCUGUUGGAUUUCUGCAACAGUCCUUGAAGACAUAAUGAAACAUAAGAGAGAAGAGAUGCCCAGUACUCUGACUGAGAUGUACACACACCUUGUGGUGUUUCAUACCAUUAAGAAGAAUGAAAAGUAUCUUGGAAAAGAAGAGACAGGCCCAGACUGGAAUAAAGAGAGCAUUCUGUCACUGGGAAAACUGGCUUUUCAACAGCUUGUGAAGGGCAAUCUGAUUUUCUAUGAAGAAGACCUGAAAGAGGCUGGCAUUGAUGUCAAUGAAGCCUCAGUGUACUCAGGAUUGUGCACACAGAUCUUUAAAGAGGAAUGUGGGCUGUACCAGGACAAGGUGUACUGCUUUGUGCAUCUGAGCAUUCAGGAGUUUCUGGCUGCUGUAUAUGUGUUCCUCUCAUUCAGCAACAACAAUGAGAAUCUAAUGGCCGAACCUCAAACAACAUCUAGUAACGAUUGUCUACUGAAGCCAGAAGUUACUUUCUACAAGAGUGCUGUGGAUAAAGCCUUACAAAGUGAGACGGGAAACCUGGACCUUUUCCUCCGCUUCCUUCUGGGCCUCUCACUGCAGUCCAAUCAGAAGCACUUACGAGGUCUACUGACAACGAUAGGAAGCAGCUCACAGAGCCAUGAAGAAACAGUCAAGUACAUCAAGGAGAAGAUCAGGGAGAAUCCCUCUCCAGAGAGGUGCAUCAAUCUGUUCCACUGUCUGAAUGAACUGAAUGACCGUUCUCUAGUGGAGGAGAUCCAAAGAUACCUGAGAUCAGGAAGUGUCUCCAGUGAUGAACUCUCACCUUCACAGUGGUCAGCUCUGGUGUUUGUGUUGCUGACUUCAGAAAAGGAGCUGGAUGUGUUUGACCUGAAGAAAUACUCCAGAUCAGAGGAAGGUCUUCUGAGGCUACUGCCAGUGGUCAAAGUCUCCAGAGCUGCUCUGCUGUCAGGCUGUGGAGUCACAGAGGAAGGCUGUGCUUCUCUGGUCUCAGCUCUGACGUCAAACCCCUCACACCUGAGAGAGCUGGAUCUGAGUAACAAUGACCUGAAGGAUUCAGGAGUGAAGCUGCUCUCUGAUGGACUGGGGAAUCCCUACUGUAAACUGGAGACUCUGAGGCUGUCACGCUGUCAAGUCACAGAGGAAGGCUGUGCUUCUCUCGUCUCAGCUCUGAGGUCAAAUCCCUCACACCUGAGAGAGCUGGACCUGAGCUACAAUCACCCAGGAGACUCAGGAGUCAGACUGCUCUCUGCUGGACUGGAGGAUCCAAACUGCAGACUGGAGAAACUCAAUAUGGAACAUGGUGGAGAGUACACAAUGAAUCCUGGGCUUAGAAAAUAUGCCUGUGAUCUCACUCUGGACCCAAACACAGUAAACAGACACCUCUCUCUGUCUGAGGAGAACAGAAAGGUGACAUGUACGAGAGAGGAGCAGCCGUACCCUAAUCACUCAGAGAGAUUUGAGGUCUGGCCACAGGUGCUGUGUAGAGAGGGUCUGACUGGGCGCUGUUACUGGGAGGUAGAGAUGAGUGGGAGAGGUGCUGAUAUAGGAGUGACAUAUAAUGGAAUCAGAAGGAGAGGAGGGGGUAAUGACUGUGGGCUUGGAUACAAUGACAGGUCCUGGAGUCUGUUCUGCUAUGACAACAGUUAUAGAGCCUGGCAUAAUCACAAUCUCACUAUCAUAGACGUCCCGUCCUCCAGCUCCCACAGAGUAGGAGUGUAUCUGGACUGGCCAGCCGGCACUCUGUCCUUCUACAGAGUCUCCUCUGACACACUGACCCACCUGUACACAUUCUACACCACAUUCACUGAGCCCCUCUAUCCAGGGUUUAGUGUUUGUGAUGACUCCUCAGUGUCCCUGUGUCAGGUGGUCCCUGUGUCAAACACAACAUGAUGUUUCACUCUAAUCCUGGUCCUGUUCAGUCAGACACACUGGAGCAACAAUGUAGAAUAUCUCUCUAGUGUGUAAACGUGUGAUUGUAAAUAUUCAUGAAUAAACAACAUUGACGUUGACAGACAUUGUCAACUAGGGUCAGUCAUUAAUAGAAUGAAUCACCACACUGUGUUGUAAAAACUGUUUUCAUUUACAAACUAUUUGUCUUGUUGUUAUUGGGCUUCUUGGUGUUUGUACAUAUUGUUUUCUGUUGAAUGUUUAUUUGUCAAAUUCUUGACGCAACAAUCUUGUUUCUGUAUCAACUCAAUUCCACUGAAUGAAAUGUACAUGUGACAGAUGUGACUAAUAAAGUUAAUCUAAUAAAGUUAACAAACCAGAUGAAAGAAGAGAAGUGUAA